AUGUCAUUCAACGUCUACUUCACCCGUGAAGAUGGACGCUGGGACUGGGUAUUCUAUAUUGAGCUUGAUGCAGUCACCAAGGAAGGGAUGGCAGAGAGUACCGGGUGGACACACUCCUUCGAGAGCGAUGGGCAAGAUGGGAUCCAAUACACAGCUCGACUCAACCGCACCCCCAGGUUCAAUCCUAAAGGGAACAUGCUGGCGACUAUCGAAGAAGCAGAUUUGCCAAAGUUUCAUCAAAUAUGCUUUGCCGCAAUUGGCCCACUACCGCAGCAAAGUCAUCUGAGCCGCCUCGGCCUUCACACCGUGAUGCCUGCCCGAUGGAAACAAGAGCCAAGAGAGUGGUGGUUUUUUAUUCGUGACAGGGCCUUUGAAAACGGGAUAUUCAAGCCUCUUGAUAUCUAG